UAAAUUAAUAAAUUAAAUAGGAAAAUAUGAAUGAUAAAUGCAAUUCAACUUUAUCAAAGAAAUGUAGAAAUACGGAAAGAAAUUUAAAUGAGUUAAAGAGGGAAUUAGAAUUAGAUGAUCAUAAACUUUCAAUUUCGGAGCUAUGUAAACGCUAUGAAACAGAUAAAACUUUGGUAUUAUCUUACUGUUUUUGUUGUAUGAGGACUUUAAAUUUUGUUAAUUUUAUAGGGUCUAGAAUCUGAUAAAGCUAACCAAAUUCGUAGGAGAGAUGGUCCUAAUUCAUUAACACCACCGAAACAGACUCCAGAAUGGAUAAAGUUUUGUAAACAAUUGUUUGGAGGUUUCGCCAUUCUCUUGUGGAUGGGAUCAAUACUUUGCUUUAUCGCUUACAGUGUAGAAAGAUCUCGAACAGUUGAGGCAUCUUUGGAUAAUUUAAUUCUUGGUAUUGUUCUUGCAGCAGUAGUCAUAAUAACUGGAAUAUUCUCUUACUACCAAGAGUCGAAAUCGUCUAAAAUUAUGGACUCAUUCAAGAAGAUUCUCCCACAGCAAGCUAUUGUGAUAAGAGAUGGUAAAAAAUUGAGUAUUAAUGCUGAAGACCUCGUUGUCGGCGAUUUAAUUGAAGUAAAAUUCGGCGAUAGAGUACCAGCAGAUUUUCGUCUAAUUGAAUCAAAAGGUUUUAAAGUAGAUAAUUCAUCAUUGACAGGUGAAUCUGAGCCUCAAUAUCGUUCAACUGAUUUCACAAAUGAGAAUCCUCUGGAAACGAAAAACUUAGCUUUUUUCUCAACAAAUGCUGUUGAAGGAACUGCCAAAGGAAUAGUUAUUUUAACUGGUGAUCAUACAGUCAUGGGUAGAAUAGCUGGAUUAGCGUCCGGAUUGGAAACGGGAAAAACUCCUAUUGCCAAAGAAAUAGAACAUUUUAUACAUAUCAUUACCAGCUUUGCUGUUGUAUUGGGUGUUUCAUUUUGCAUUAUAGCAGUAAGUUUGGGAUAUGCUUGGUUAGAUGCAGUUGUAUUUUUAAUAGGUAUAAUUGUUGCAAACGUGCCGGAAGGUCUACUAGCUACUGUAACUGUUUGUCUGACGUUAACUGCUAAAAGGAUGGCUAGUAAGAAUUGCUUGGUUAAGAAUUUAGAAGCCGUAGAAACUCUUGGCUCUACUUCAACAAUUUGCUCGGAUAAAACGGGAACACUUACUCAGAAUAGAAUGACUGUUUCUCAUGUGUGGUAUGACAAUUGUAUUACUGACGUUGAUACCUCAGAAAAUGCCAGUAAAGGUAAAUUUAUAGGGAGUGGUUGGAGUCCCUUGUCGAUUGUUGGUAUGCUUUGUAAUCGAGCCGAGUUCAAACAUGACCAAGACACGAUCUCGAUUCAAAGAAGAGAAUGUACUGGUGAUGCUUCUGAGGUUGCUAUAUUAAAAUUCUUAGAAUUAACUGUUGGCAAUGUAUUAGAAUUUCGAGCGCAAAAUCCGGCCGUUUGCGAGAUACCUUUCAAUUCAACAAACAAAUUUCAAUUGUCUAUACAUAAAAUGAAUGAAAACAAUCGUCAUUUGUUAGUUAUGAAAGGAGCACCUGAGAGGGUACUCAGUAAAUGCUCUACCAUUCUCAUAAAUGGAGAAGAACAGCCUAUGGAUCAGGAAAAUAUCAAACUUUUUAAUAUGGCGUAUAAUGAACUUGGUGGUUUAGGAGAGAGAGUAUUAGGAUUUUGUGAUUUACUUUUAGAUGAUAAUGAAUAUCCUGAAGGUUAUAUUUUCAAUGACGAAGAGUGGAAUUUCCCUUCUAGUGGCUUUCGUUUUGUUGGCCUAAUGUCGAUGAUCGAUCCUCCAAGAGCUGCAGUUCCUUUAGCCGUAUCAAAGUGUCGAUCGGCUGGUAUUAAGGUCGUCAUGGUUACAGGAGACCAUCCAAUCACAGCUAAAGCAAUUGCUAAAAAUGUCGGUAUAAUAUCUGAAGGAAGUGAAACUGUAGAAGAUAUAGCAAAUCGAAAAGGACUUCCAGUGGAUCGAGUAAGAAGAUCUGAGGCAAGAGCAUGUGUGUUACACGGAGAAGAAUUAAAAAAUAUGAACUCUAACAUCUUGGAUGAUAUAAUAGGAAACCAUUCUGAAAUUGUUUUCGCACGAACGUCUCCUCAACAAAAAUUAGUAAUAGUUGAAGCUUUUCAGAGAUCUGGAGCAGUUGUAGCUGUCACAGGCGAUGGUGUUAAUGAUUCUCCCGCUCUCAAAAAGGCUGAUAUUGGAGUUGCUAUGGGUAUAGCCGGAUCAGAUGUGUCCAAGCAGGCAGCCGAUAUGAUACUUUUAGAUGAUAAUUUCGCAUCAAUAGUUACCGGAGUUGAAGAGGGUCGUUUGAUAUUUGAUAACCUAAAGAAGAGCAUAGCUUAUACAUUGACUUCAAAUAUACCAGAAAUAACACCUUUCCUGUUUUUCAUGCUUUUACAAAUACCCUUACCUCUGGGGACUGUCACUAUUCUCUGCAUAGAUUUAGGAACCGACAUGUUACCCGCUAUUUCAUUAGCUUAUGAACAGGCCGAAUCUGAUAUUAUGAAAAGAAAACCAAGAGAUCCCUUAAUAGAUAAGCUCGUUAACGAACGCUUGAUUGGAAUAACUUAUGGACAAAUUGGAAUGAUACAAGCAGCUGCCGGGUUUUUUACGUAUCUUUAUAUUAUGGCUGAUCAUGGAUUCUUACCAUCCAAAUUAUACAAUUUACGGUCUAGUUGGGAUGAUAGGACUAACCAGGCCGUAACGGAUUCGUUUGGUCAAGAAUGGUCUUAUGGUCAAAGAAAAGUUCUUGAGUAUACAUGCCACACAGGUUUCUUUACCGCCAUUGUUGUCGUUCAAUGGGCUGACUUAUUAAUAUGUAAAACAAGAAAAAAUUCUAUAUUUCAACAAGGUAUGAUAAAUCAUCAGCUGACUUUUGCUCUCUUUUUCGAAACUUUGUUGGCGGUCUUUUUGUCCUACACACCAGGAUUUCAUAGAGGAUUACGAAUGUACCCCUUAAGAUAUUACUAUUGGGUUGUACCCAUGCCUUUCAGUCUCUUAAUUUUCAUAUAUGAUGAAUGUAGGAAAUGGAUCAUUCGGAGGUAUCCGGGUUGUUGGAUGGAGAGGGAAACUUACUACUAGAUAGUGGACGAGAUCAAUUUUAUCACCUUAAAUUGUCUAUCGGAAAAAUUAUAAAAAAAAUAUUGAUGAUGAGAAAAAAAAAGUUAUCCACUGCCGGAACCCGGGAUUGAACCAGGGACCUUUAGAUCUUCAGUCUAACGCUCUCCCAACUGAGCUAUUCCGGCUGUAUAUAUAAAAGCAUUAAUAGUGCCAAUUUUGGAAUGUUUUUUCUGCGAUAAUCUUUAAAAACAUUCAAUGAAAACGUUUAGUUUAUUAUUCUGAUCAAAUGUCUUGAUAGCUUUUAGCCU